GCCAUGGCUGCUUCUAGGGGCCCCGUAAACAAGAAAACCCGUCUCCAAAGCAGGGAGCAGGGAGGAGGAAUGGGGAGAUAUUGUGAGAAGCACCAGGAGUCCCUAAAACUCUUCUGUAUGGAGGAUGAAACUGUAGUCUGUCUGGUGUGUGACAAAUCCAGGAAGCACAGAGAUCAUGAGGUGAUUCCUGUGGAUGAGGCUUUUGAGGACUACAAGGAAAAGAUCAAUAGCUACCUGCAGAAUCUUAGGAAGGAAAGAAAGAAAAUUCUGUCCUAUGAAGCAGAACUGGAAAAGGAAAGCCGAGACCUCCUUAAAUGUACAACAACUGAGAUGCAGAAGGCAGAGGAGAAGUUUAGAGAACUGCACCAAUUUCUGCUGAAUCAGAUCGAAGAGGUGGAGAAGGAGAUUGCAGGGAGAAGGGAUGAGCAGCUGGCCAAACUCUCCAGGCAACUCUCCUCUCUUGACAGCAUCAUCCAGGAGAUGGAGGAAAAGAGUCAGCAGCCAGCGAGUGAACUCCUGCAGGAUGUGAGAAGCAGCUUGCAGAGGUGUGAGAGGACAGAGAGACCGGAGAAUCCACUGGCUUUUACUCCAGAGCUGAAGGAGAAGGCCUCCAGAUUCCGUGAUAUGAAUCUCCGUCUGGAGAAAGUCAUGAAGGAAUUCAAAGAUGCUAUGUUAUUCAGACAACAGCUUCAGAAAGCAAAUGUCACUCUGGAUCCAGACACAGCCCACCCCUGCCUCAUCUUGUCCAAGGAUCGGAAAAGCGUGAGAUUGGCAGACAUAAAGCAAGAUGUGCCCGAUAAUCCUGAGAGAUUCAACAACCGGCAUUGUGUGCUGGGUCGUGAGGAAUUCACAGCAGGCAGACAUUUCUGGGAGGUCACUGUGGGAAGUGAGGGAGAAUGGGCUGUGGGGAUCGCCAGGAAGUCUAUGGGGAGAAAGGGCCGCUUUCCCUUCAGUCCUGAGGGAGGGCUCUGGGCUCUGGAUAAGAUGAGAAAUGGGUACUGGGCCUGCACUUCCCCUGAAUACUCUCCUCUGUCCCUGAGGGAGAAGCCCAAGAGGAUCCGGGUGACUCUGGACUAUGAAGGGGGAUGUGUGUCUUUUUCUGAUGCUGACUCAGGAGCCGAACUCUACACGUUCUCAGGAGCCUCGUUCUCUGGAGAGACCCUCCUCCCUUUCUUUCGUCUGUGGGGAAAUGAAACCCACCUCAGGAUCUCCUGAGGAGACUAAAUCUGCCUCUCAGGCCCAGCAGGAGUUUCUAUCCAGAAAAAAAUGGCUGAGAUAAAACCCAACAGUUUUACCUCAGUUGCACUUUGGGCAGCUUUUUAAGGGCCUUGUGAGAGGAUUACUCUACCAUCAGCAGAAAUAACAAAACAGACAAAAAUGGGUGCCUUUUUCUGCUUUUUAUUUCCUUUUUCCAUAAUUUUCUUUGCAGAUUAUUCCUUAGAGACGGUAACACUUUUAACACUCUCAAUAUAUAACUGAGUUCCUCAAAAGGGCUCAGCCUCCAUCAUCGGGUUUCAUUUUGCCACCUUCCUUUCCCCACAAGACCCCCAGCAGCUGUUAAAAUACAAACAUUCAUGGAUUACUAGAAAUUAACCCCUGAAUAGAAUAGAAUAGAAUAGAAUAGUGAUUUAUUCGCCAAGUACCGGUACUUACAUACUUGGAAUUUGCUUUGGCUAAUUUUACAAUGUAAACAUACUUUAUACAAAAUAUCUGUUAAAUAUCUGUGUGAGGAUCGGAGUGUGCAAAACACUAUUUAAAGCAAAGAGGAGCCACUCCGACUGCGCCUGGAGCUUUUGCCUUCUGUCCCUGUAGUGACUUCAGAACAGGUUGAGGUGGUUGUUGGUGCCUCUGGCGCCGAGUGAAUUGCUCUAUUUGAUAAUGCUUGGCUUUGCUAUAAAAUGGAUUCUGGUCGUUUGCCAAUUUUUGACUCUCUGGAGCAGAAGAAUAUGUUCUCUUAUAUUCAGUAAAAGAUGAUGUUCUCUUCAGAAAUGUUCUGUAAAUUCUUCCAAAGAGUAGCCGAGACAUGUUUGAGAAUUGAGUCCGAAUCAUAGGUUCGUUUUGCCACUAUAAUCUCCUUCGUCAGUGCGUUCCUAGCUUGGUUGUACAAAUUUCUGUCUCCUUUCCUCGAACCCUCCUCUUUAGCAUAUCGGAGUUUCCAUGAGUUUCCUUGAUUAAUAAGGUGCAGAUCAUUCAUUUUAUUGUCAAGUGUGUGAAGAUUUGAGAGGUAUAUAGAUGGUGAAGCCGAUCUCAUUCCUCACCUUUGUAGCUUAAUCAAAGCGCUAGCAUUUUUACCCACCUCUGGAGGGAAAGCUCCUUGCUGUGUAGACCUCAGACCAGAAGAAAACACAAAUAAUGUCUGUGCGGCACCAACUUCAAGCUUCCUGUGCAAAUGCAGCCUCACCAUGUCCCCUGUUCCUCAGAGAUUAAUCUCGCUGGAUUCAGUGGGGCUUCUGAACAACUAAAUUUAUUUACAGCUGCUGCAUUAAUCUUCUAUAAAUGUUGGAUUCUGUAUAUCAGAGGCAGCCAACACAAUGUCCUCUGGAUGGUGUUGGGCUCCCAUUAGCCUCACCCAGCAAGGCCAACUAGUCAGAGAUGAUGGGAGUUAUAGUCCAGUGACUUUUGGAAGGAACCAGGUUGGCUCUGUCUGCCCUAUAUAAUUCCCACUGAGCUUUCCCUCUGAUCCCAAGCCCCACCCUGGUUAUGGGAUGCUCCCCCCAAAGAGGGCCUUUUCACUACCAGGUAGAUCUUUGUUUUCUCCGAGGCUUUUAAAGGCUAUCAUUGAAUGCUGUUUAAUUCUCAGAACUAUUUUGUUUUCACUUUUGCCAGUUUUUAGGGCUGCAUUUAUGGUUCAAGAUAUUAUGCUGAUUUUUAUGGUUUUUUGUGCCGAUACAGAUUUUAUGCUGAUUGCUUUUAAUAAAUUGCAUUUGUUUUUAAAUCUGUGAACUGACCAGAGCAUGUGGUUAAUUAGGAGGUAUAGGAAUGAAGUGAAAUAAAAAUAAAAAUGAAGUGAAAUAAAAGCUCCAAAACUCCCUCCCAGGCUGUCAAGGGGCUCCCUCGAUUGCUGCUGUUUUGCAGGAGUAUUCAGCAAGAUGUCAUUGACGCAAUAAUAGUGCAUUAUUGCUGGAUUUAUAUGGGACAAUCCACAUAUCAUUCUGCUUUAGGGGUUAUUCUGCAAUUCUUCCCCAAUGUUAAUGGUUCAUUGUCAUAUGAAGGGGCUCCCAUGUCUUUUCUGUGAAGCGGCCUAAGAUUUCUGGGUAUAGGGCGGUAUAUAAAUUCACUGUGCUCUGGUCCAUGGGGUCACGAAGAGUCAGACACGACAAAACGACUAAACAACAACAAUAAAUUCAAAUAAAUAAUAAUAAUGGAACAAAAGCACUCUGGACUGAUAAGAAAUGAAGCAAUUAUGAGUGCUGCACUGACAACCAGAUCCCCUCUUUCCCCGCUAGACCUCUGGGCCAGGAAGCCGAACUGUCCCCUUCAGUCAGGCACACGACCCAGAAAGGGAGCUAGAUUUGAGGAUGGCAGGAUGUGGGCAGCGGGGCUUGAAUGGAAAUACAGUAGUGUCAGUACUUAAUACCCUAACCUAACCUCUGGUUUGACAGUCAAAAUAAGAAAGCAGGUUAUGUACUGGUUGUAGGUGAAAGACCACAAUUGGAUCACAUCUCUCACUAUCCCUGACCACUGGGGGUGAUGGAGUUGGAGUCCAGGAACUCAAUCAUACACCCCAUACAGUACUCCAAAACACCGCUUGAGGCUGGGGCAAAAUGGGAGUUUUGGAAAGAAGGGCUUUAGGGCUCAUUUUUAAGUCAGACUUGCAGUUCCUCACAGGCUGCUACUCAUUUCUGAGGAGGAACAGAUGUCCCUUAGGACAAUGUUAGGAUGAGGGCAAAAUAGGCCCGCAGCCCUGGCAGUGGAUGGUCCAGUCCUGCGUGUGUGGAAUCAACAGGAACCAUGUGGUUAGGGCGUGUCAUUUAAGGACGGAAAUUUUUCUUUUUGCGAAUUUGCUCAAUGAGGGAUUCUAAAAAUAUGUUAUUGCACACGAGGAAUCCAAAUCUGCAAUUAUUUUUAUGAUUGUGAUUGAUGAUUAGCUUGGUAAAUUGAGAUUUGUUUGAAAUACACUUUAAAAAGGCCAAAAACUCGCACUUGGAAGCGAGGUUAAAGUUUUAAAUCAUUUUAUACAAGCGAAAAUAUAAAGAAAUUUUGUUUCCAGCUGUAACAACAUAUCAUUACUUUAUCUUAUAACAUCUUAUUAUAGUAAGAAAAAAAGAAUAACAUUAAUUAGAAUUAAUAACAAGUUUCAUCAAGUCCUGUUUUGAUUCAUUUAUUGACAAAAGCCGACGACGUGCUUCUUGGCCUCUGAUGUAGCCCUCCCAUUUUUUCUGUGUAUACACUUUUCCUGCAGCCUCCGUGACUUGUUCCACACAUCUUUCAAUCCCUUGACCAUGACAAGGCCAUUGAGGAACUUUAUUUCUGUCAAGGUCAUUUUGCGUGUUGCUCUGCAGUUCAUGUAAACUAAAUCAUUUACGUGUGUUCAUUAACACUGUAACUCUGAAAUCAAUAUAACAAAAUGAAAACUGACAAAGAAAUAGUUUAAAACUCAGAACUUUAACAGUGUGGAAGAACAAGAAAGCUUUUGCUUAUUACCCCAAAGUGAGCCUCCCUGAAAAGAGCUCCACAGGCAGGUCAAUGUUGCUCGUUCUUCCCUGCCAACCUCCGCAGCCUGCUUUGCUCCCCCUCCAAUGCCCCCCUCCCAGCCUUUUAGAGGAGGAAAACCAGGGGGAAAUCCCCCCCCCUGUUUUUGGCCUCUAAAAACCAGGUGCGUGUUAUGGUCUGAAAAAUACAGUACACAGCAGAGCUAAAGUUCUCAUGUCCAAUCAGUCACUUUCAGAUCCUGGGAGUGGUGUCCUUCGGGAACGCCUCCAACAAAGCAUCUUGGGAACUCCUAAUCUCCUCUCUUCCUUACGUUUCUGACCCCUGCGCUGUUUCGGAGAUGGGGCUACCACUUUCCCCUCCCCUCCUGAGCUACUGAGUCGCCGCUCCUGCUCUCUAGCGUCCAAGACCCCUUCCGCCACCAUACUGAGUGCUUGCCUGUCUCUACUGCAUGACGUUGCAGGACUUCCCUGAUGCUGCUCGGACCCCUCAACAUCUCAGAGCCCUUGCACCAUUCCGCUGGGCUAUCUGCUGGCUCCUGGUGGUCCCCUGACACGUGUGAUUGGCACAUGUGUGACCACUGACAUGCAUGCAGUUUUCAGCACUGAAAAGGGGAUGGAAUGGGGGCGGAGCAGACUUACACACAUCCCACUGAUGAACAUGGGGACGAAGAACGCAACUCCCACACAAACAGGGAGUUGCUUGUAUACAACCAUGAAAGGUGGCAGAGUCUAGAGGCAGCAUAGAGUGCAUUGUACCACUGCCGACUGUGGCAAGGAAAAAACAUUUUUCAGAAUGUUCCUCCAUGUUAAAAAGGCCCUGCACAUAAAAACCUAGUGCAUCAGGGAGCAAGCUGGGCUAGAACCAUUCUUCCUGAUGUGCUAGAUUUUUACUUGCCCAGGGGGUUCUCAUUUAAAAGAAUUAAAAAUGAAUCUGGAAAAUUAAAAAUUUUCUUCUUGCACCUUCAGUUUGAAAAGGUGCAGGCCAGUCUCUCACCACACCCAUCUAUGUGCAUAAGGCAGGCUAUGCACUCGGGACCACUAAUCACUGCUCCUGUGCUGCGUAUGUGGUUUAAAAAAAACACUUCCCAGAAAGCUCUCCCAUCCACGAAAAACGUUCAGCAAUUCGUCAACCCAUGUGGAAUCUAGACGCUUGCCACAGUUAUGAAACACUUCUGUGUUCUCUCUCUCUGUAUUGGUGGUGGCUUGUUUCCACUGGCAUUACUGAGGCGGAAGGUAGGGAGCCCAACAGUAGGUGGAACCAGAGAGCCAAUGACAGGCAGAUCCAACUGAUGCUAGUCCCCACCCCCCUCCGGCCGCCUUCCUUCCUGCUGAGCUCUACAAGAGACAUCCUAAGACUAUGGGAGAAGCCAACCAGCUGGCCACUCCCCAGAUUGGUGGCAAGUUGAGGGCAGGUGAGGUAGGCACUGGCUGAGGGUAAACCAAAGUUGGAUCACCUCUUCUGCCAACUCUUACACCAGGAGAACCUACACUGAAGUGUGCUUUGCCCGCACUCGGCACAGUGAUAGGGCUUCUCUUCCAUGUGGGUCCUCCAGUGCCUGAUGAGGUUGG